CUCACACACACACACACGGUGUUUAUCUCUCACCACGUUUUGCAGAGCAGCGCACCGCGUCUCGCGCACUGGUCGGGUCACUGAUCACCCUCCGGGUUUAUCAGCGCGCGCCGUCGCACCGCUCUCCGGGGUUUCUUGGUCAAUAACCGAGCGCCGUGUGGGGUGUGAUGGAGCGUGUGUGAUGGAGUGUGUCCCGUAGAGAGGAAUCACAGGAGCAUGGAGGAGGAAAUACCGGGAUUAUUACUGCUGCUACUGCUGCUGAGUCGCGCGUGCGUCCCGGAGCAAGUGUUGCACAGGCCAGCUGUGCUGGAGACGUCAACCAAUGGGAUUUGUCACUAUGGGAACAGAGUGGAUUGCUGUUGGGGCUGGACACGAGAGAGCUGGGGACAGUGUCGACCGGUGUGUGAGUUGGGCUGUAAACAUGGCAAGUGUGUUGGUCCAGAUCAGUGCCGCUGUUACCAGGGAUACACAGGCAAGACCUGCAACCAAGAUGUGAACGAGUGUGGGCUGAAGCCGCGGCCAUGUAAACACCGCUGUAUGAACAUGGUGGGCAGUUAUAAGUGUUUCUGUCUCACUGGCUACAUGAUGACCUACGAUGGCACCUGCAGGAACGCCCGAACGUGUGCGAUGGCUAACUGUCAGUAUGGCUGUGCGGUGAUGAAAGGGGAGGUCAUAUGUCAAUGCCCAUCGCCAGGGUUACGGCUUGGUGUAGACCGCAGGACAUGUGUUGACAUUGAUGAGUGUGCGAUGGGUGUGGCUAAGUGUCCGAGGUUCCGGACAUGUGUGAAUACAUUUGGCAGUUACAUCUGCAGAUGUCACAAAGGUUUCGAGUUGCGCUACAUCAAUGGCAAAUACCAUUGUAUAGAUAAGAAUAACCCCUGCUAUGAAAAGCCAGACUCCAAAAAGUGCAGAUGUAAACCUGGGACCAGGGGGUGGAGCUAUGACUGCAAAUUUGUUAUUACAGUGACUGUUGAUCCAGCCAGACCGUUUACAAAACCCAGACCCACAACUAAAAUCACAACAGCAACAUUUACCUCGACUACGAGCCAACAAACCACAACCAAGAAACCAGCCGCAACAACCAUUACUAUGACAACAACCAUUUCACCAACAACCACCACCACAGUAAGAACAACCACUUCACCAACAACUACCACCAUGACACCAACAAUGCCAACCACUGUCCCUACAUCAGCAGAACCAACCACUGUUGCUAGUACAAUCGCAACCUGUGUUCCUGCAACAACAGCACCAACCACUGUUGCUACUACAAUGCCAACCAUGGUUGCUACAACAAUGCCAACCACUGCUGCUAUGAGAACAAUGUCAACCACUGUUGCUGUGACAACAAUAGCAAAGACUGUGGCUAUGACAACAAUGCCAGCAAUCACCACCAUGGCAACAACCACUACGCUGCCCACAGCCAUGCAUCUAAUUACCACCAUGCUGGAUAACCAUAUAUGGGAGAUCACACAAAGGCCGAGGGGAGAUGUACAUAUUCCAAGGAAUCCGGAGCAGAACAUGUUUGAGCUGGACUUUGAUGAUAUCGAGUUGGGGAACACAGCAGAUUUUGCACAUGAUGAUCCAGCUGCUGGCUCUUUGAGCUGCUCUUUUGAUCAGGGUUUGUGCAGCUGGAUGACGGAUUGGGACGGAGAUCUAUGCUGGGAGACUGUAGAUGAUCCACACGGUGGGCGGUACCUGGCUGUACCAGAGCCAAAGACAGGACGAAGUUUCAGAGGUGCGCGGCUCACCAUCCCUUUAGCCCCACCCACUAUUCCUACUUGGAAAAGGAAUGAUUUUUGCCUGGUGUUUAGGCACCGCCUCCAAGGUCUUCUCAUUGGCUCCUUACAGGUGUUUGUGAAAAAAGGGCAGGGCUACAGUCCUGCAAUCUGGACAAGGACAAGCGGACAAGGGUGGAGACACACCCAAAUCACACUGUGGGGGCAGGGCAUUGAAAGUGUGGUGUUUAAGGGAGAGAGGAGGAAGGGGCGGAGUGGGGAGAUCGCCCUUGACAAUGUGAGCAUACACAGAGGAGAGUGCAGUAACAGAGGAUGAGACUGACACACACACACACACACACACACACCAGAACUAUGAAUUAUUACAGAGGUGACCUCAAGUUUGGAGUUUAACACUCGACCACUCUACGCCGUAACCAUGGAUCCCACGCGCCACUGUGGAGUUCUGUCCUGGGGAUAUUAUGGGAUGGAAACAUUCACAGUAAAGUGGCUUUUCCACUACAUGCAGAAAACAAAUUGCUUUAAACAUGAAAAAAACAUUAUGUGUACUGGGAAUCAGUGAUGAGACCAGAGUGAAGGAUGAAAACCAUCCACAUACAGGACAUGUAAAUAUAUUUUUUAUUCUUGCACCACACUCUCUCUGGCCAAUAAGAGAGGAGGAGGCGUGUCUUUUAGUGCUUUAGCAAAACAUUUACACUGAUUUUAACACACUUUUCACAGGAUGAGUUUUAAACUUUAUUUAGCAGUUGUGUUGUGCAGGAUGUAACAGUAUAACAAACACAAGUGAUGGAACCUUUUUACAAGAACUUUUUCAUGGAUAUAGGAACUUUGUCCUAAAGCCAGGAACUUAUUUACAGGAACAUUUGAACAGUUACAGGAACUUUUUCAGAAUCACAUGGAAGUGUUUCUUAUUUCAUGACCACAAACUUUUUCACAAGAACUCAGGAACCUUUUUACAGGAGUACGGAAGCGUUCUUACAGGAACUUUUUCUUAGAUACAAGAACUGUUUUGUUUUUUUUUACAACAACACAGGAACAUGGACAAAGAAAAAUUUACCGGGUUUAGAAACCUAUUCAUGGACAAGGGAACUUUUUCCAAGAACUUUAUCAGAAUUGCAUGGAACUGUUUCUCAUUUCAGGACCACAGGAGCAAAACUUUUUCCAUAAUAUUAAAUUUCUCAUAUUUUUGCCUUCUGCUCAGUAGCAUAUACAAUUACAUCAAUUGUAUCUCUCUCUCUCUCUCUCUGUGUGAGAGAGAGAGAGAGAGAUCUGACUACCUGAGCUAUGGAAUGCUUUUAGAAGCCCCCCCACACACACACACACACCAUUAAAGUAUGUGUCUGAGAUUAAA